AUGGCCGCUACAGCUCCUUCUCAAGCUUGCUUCAUCUGUAACGAGACUGGGCACUAUGCUAGGAAUUGUCCACGACAAUUUGAUGAUGACUCGCGAGCGCGUCGUCGCCCACAGAACUGCUAUAACUGUGGUCAGCCUGAUCAUCUCGCCCGAGAUUGUCCCAAGGAUCAAAGCAAUGACAGGCCGUGCUUCAAGUGUCAACAAGUAGGGCACUUCGCAAGGGAUUGCCCAUCAGCUGACACGAGGAACUGCUUUCGUUGUGGCCAGUCUGGUCAUCUGGCACGUGAGUGUCCUAACGAGGAAAACAAUCAAGAUAACAACAACAACAAUC